AUGGCAGAAGAAAUCGUGAACAGGCAGAUAUUUAGGAAAAAACGAGGAAGAACAGAGUAUUCUCGGCAGAAGAACGUGCACAAGACUGUGCGGCAUAUCGUGUCGGUGGAUACGACGCCGUACCUUGACCAGAAUCCGGGCACCAGUGGACUCCGAAGACCGACGCUGAUAUAUCGCCAGAAAAACUAUGCGGAGAACUAUAUAGAAUGCAUCCUGAAGGUCCUCGGCGACACCGUGGUUGGGAGUACUAUAGUCGUGGGAGGGGACGGUAGGUACCUCUGUGAGGAGGUGGCCCAGAAGGUGAUCAGGCAGUGUGCGGCGAAUGGAGUGUACAAGGUGAUCGCGGCGCACAACGCGCUGAUGACGACGCCGGCGAUAUCUGCGGUGAUCCGCAAAUACGGCGCGCUGGGCGGCUUUGUACUUACGGCCAGUCACAAUCCUGCCGGCCUGCUUGGCGACUUCGGCAUCAAGUUCAACGGCUCCAACGGCGGUCCGGCGCCGCUUCCCUUCACGAAAACUGUUCACAUCACCUCGCGGCACAUCAAGAGCUACAAGACCCUGAGCAACCUGACUGUCGAUCUCUCAGACAUUGCGACCCACUGGUUCAACGUCGAGGGACGAGAAUUCCUAGUGCAGGUGAUCGACUCGGUGGAUGACUACGUGCAGCUGGUAAAGGAUAUAUUUGAUUUUCCUCAUCUGAGCCGACUGCUAACGGAAGGUCUUGGAGGAGAGCCUUUCCGCCUGCUCGUGGAUUGCAUGCACGGAUCUAGUGGACCGUACGCGCGCAGAAUAUUCUGCGACGAAAUGGGCGCGCCACCUGAGCAACAGGACCCAUGGUCCAAGAUAAUGAACUUUGCGAAAGGUUUACUGCUGGAGGAACAACAAUUGUUAUCCAUAGGAACAAAGAUUCGGGGUCUGGGGCUAGAACUGGUGUCGGAUCUACAAAGGAAGCAGACUUCUAACUGGGUCUCGAAGUUGAAUGAAGUUGACGCCAGCACGGUGAUGAACGCGAAGCCGGUGGAGGACUUCGGUAACCACCCGGCGGACCCGAACAUGACGCGCGCCGGCCAGCUGCUGCAGCGCGCGCGGGCCGGCGCCUGCGACCUGGGCGCCGCGCUGGACGGCGACGGCGACCGCUGCCUGCUCGUGGGCCGCGGCGGGCUCUUCGUGCCGCCCGCCGACUCGCUGGCCGUGCUGGCCGCGCACCUCUGCUGCAUCCCCUACUUCUACAGCCGCACCACGCCCGGCUUCGCCAGGAGCAUGCCCACCGCCGCUGCUAUCGACCGCGUCGCCAAGGAGCUCGGCCUCGAGUGCUACGAGAGAGGUGGUGGACAGGUGCCGACAGGCUGGAAGUACUUCGGGAACCUGAUGGACGCGGGCCUGGUGUGCCUGUGCGGCGAGGAGAGCUUCGGCACGGGCUCGGACCACAUCCGCGAGAAGGACGCGCUCUGGGCCGUGCUGGCGUGGCUCUCCGUCGUGGCCGACCUGCGCCUGCACGUCCACCAGAUACUCGCCGACCACUGGAAGCACUUCGGCCGCCACUACUUCCAGAGAUACGACUUCGAGAAGUGCAACCGGGAUAGCUGCAAGCGAAUGAUGUUCGCGCUGGAGCAAUUGGUGGCCAGUGGGACCAUGGUUGGCGAAUGCUUCGGCGACGCCGACUUGAUAGUCGAGGCCGCUGAGAAGUACCGCUACGUCGACCCUAUCGAUGGAACUGUAACCAAAGACCAGGGCAUCUGGGUGCGCUUCGAGGGCGACAGCCGCCUGGUGUUCCGCCUGGGCGGCACCGACAGCUCGGGCAGCACGGUGCGCAUCUACUGCGAGCGCUACGAGCCCGACCCCGAGCGAACCGACCUGGACCCGGCGGAGGUGGUGCAGCCGCUCUACACGGCCGCCCUCGACGUACUCCGCCUGGAGGAGUUCACCGGCAGGACCAAGCCCGACGUCGUCACCUAA